UCGGCAGCGUCAGGCCCUCACAGCCCUGCCUGGCACCGUGGUCUAGUUGGGCUGUGAGCGGUGAAGAGGAAGAGGCCGAGAGAGAGAGAGCGCUGGAGUGACACAGUGAGAGAGAGUGAGACAAAGUGAUCCCGGUGACGAGAGAUGAUGAGAAAAGAAUGAGACAGAGAAUGGACAUACGAAAGCCUGUAGUAGUUGUAUCUUCAUCAUUCUCUCCCUUAUUUUGCCCGUAGUCAGGUCAGGGCGAUUUCAAAACAGUAUAGAAGAAGGAAGACUAGAGGGCCGUAUUUCCAAACAUUUCUUCGCCCAAGUUCACACAUUUGGCAAGGCUUUCGUAGGAGUUGUAUGCAUUUCCAGGAGUAGUUUUAUGACCCUGGUGUUAGUUUGACCCCCCUUCUGUACCGCGAACCUAAAGAAACACUCAUUAGAACCCGACUGACCCCUUCUUUGACCUUUAGAAAUAGUUGAUGUGACAAGCGAAUGUGUCUUAUAAAACCAACCUAAGAUUCGCUGUGUAUAGGUAAAGGAAGACAAGAUACAAAACACAACGAAGUGAGCAAAUAAAUAAUAACGAAACACUUCCACCCCAAAAAUUGACCUCUCUCGGAUCGAUCGUUCUUUCUGCUUUUGUUCGGAGCAGAGUCUAGGGGCUUUUUAUUGUUGUUAAAGUUGGUUUUGUUUUUACCCUUAAGCUGCCUCUCUUACUGUAAAAAAAAAAAAUAAUAUGUCCUCUGUUAUGACGAAUUACGAAUAAACAGAAUCAAGAACAAAAGGAUCCUUGAGACUCCCACGCUCCGCUAUCCUCUUAAAAGGGAUUAGAAGAAUUGCAAUAAAUAACACCCCUACCACCCCCACCACUGCCACCACUACCCCCCCCCACCACCACUGCCACCGUCACCGCCGCCGCCACUACAGACAAAGGUGUCUGAGGGGAGGCAUGGACACCUUAGAAGCACCACCACUGCCAUCACCACCAUCAAGGGGCACCACACCCGCCAGCACCGCCCCCGCCACCACCGUCUGGAGAGCGCUGCUGCCCCUGCUGCUGCUCCUCCCCUCAGCAUGUGGCAUCAAGUGCUAUGAGUGUGUGCACAACAACCAGCGGGUCAAGAGGCACAACAGGUUCGUGUACCCGUGUGCUGAGUUUGAUGAGUCUGACCGCUACAUCAUGGACUGCCCAGACUCCAGGCUGUGCAUCUACCAGCGCAUCACCCUGCCCCUCUUCUCAGGAAGCGUCGAGGUCACCACCAUGGACGGCUGCACCCCCAAUGUCUCCAGCCAGGCCCGGUCCGUUGAGGCUCGUCUAGUCAAGCCAGGCUGCAUCCAGGAACGCAGCACCUUCAAGCCCCCUUCCUCAGAGUACUGCUACUGUGACUACAACCUGUGCAAUGCUGCCUCUCUACCCUCUAUACCCCUCGCUGCCCCUCUGCUCUCCCUCUUGGCAGUGUUAUCCCUUCACCGGGCAUUAUGGGGCACCUGAUACUAGUCUAAUAUAAGCAAACUGGGCUGAGUGGACCAUACAUUACAUGUCAGUUUGUUGCCCCAUCACACCACUCCUCAAGUCACUAUCGGACACAGCAGGACAUGAUUUUAGUUCAGUUCCUCCUCCAGGUGUUGGCUCACAAGGGAGGGUCAUGACAAGCAGACGUGUGCAUUACCUUAUUGUGCUACUUCAUUUUCUACGCCAUAGUGUGUGUGUGUGUGUGUUUGGGUGCGUGUGUGUGUGUUUAUGCAUAUAUGAGGCACUUAGUAACAUAGCAUACCAAGCGCCAUAUACAGAAAAACGCUUGGUACACUGUGUUAUUAGGGGACUCAUAUGUGCAGUCGUUUUUCGAUCAUUUUUCACAUUCAUCUCCUUAUAAAAGCUAUUUGGUGUCUACUUAAACCACGGUAUGAUGUGAGUGACGAGACUUAAUGAAGUUUUAUACAAUGGGAUUUAUGCCGCUCUCUGUCUUCUCUAAAUAUAUGAAGGAUGUGGUGCAGUGGGUGACAAGACGACCAGGAUAUUAAAGUGUUGAAGGAAAGAAGUGUCAUGCUUUGGGUCUGUUGUUCAUGCUGUCCUCCCAACCUGCCCUCUCCUCCCUUCAAUACAAGUUUUGCAAGGUGCUAGAAAUGUCUCAAACACCUCAAUGAGUUGAUUUCAAUAUGAACCGGAAUUCAGCAUCAUGAAAAUUUUGUACAAGAACAACAAUCUCAAAUUAUUCAAUACUCAAUCACCAAUGAAGACUGUCUAUGCUAUGAAUAAGAUUGGCAUUUUUGUGCUUCACCAAAUAUUUAUUACAUCAGUAACCUUUUUAAACACCUUUUUCAUUAUUUCUAGAUGAAGGAGGUAAUAUUUUGUACAAGCUUUUAUCGUGUGGAAGUCAAUGGAAAGACUUAAGUGAAGUUGUCUGGUUCAUUUAGUCACUGGUUAACUUUUUCAAACACCAUCACACUAUAUCCAAAGAGUUAAACUUUUGAAGCACCGAAACAGUAUAUACAGGUAGUGGAGGUAAAGUUUGUAUAAGCUUUUAUCAUGUGCACGACAAAGGGAAGAUUUAAGUGAAGCUGUCUGGUUAGGUUAGUCACUGGUUAACUUUUUAAAACACCAUUACUGUGUAUCCAUUUGUUCUUGUACAGUAUAUCCAGAUGGAGAAGGUAAUAUUCUGUGCAAGUUUUCAUAAUGAGCAAGUCAACAGAGCUUUAAAUUAAGUCUGGUUAGUUAGUCAUUGGUGAACCUAAAAACACCAUUAGUAUACCCAAAUGAAGGAGGUAAUAUUAUGUACAAGCUUUCAUCAUGUGCAAGUCAACGGGGACCUUUAAGUGAAGUCUUGUUAUUUUAGUCAUUGGAUAACCAUAUAAAACACCACAUCCAAACAGUUACUUUCUUAAAACACCAUCACAGUAUAUCCAGGUGAGGGAAGUAAUGUUGUGUACAAGCUUUCAUCAUGUUCAAGUCAUUGGAGACCUUUAAGUGAAGUCUUGUUAUUUUAGUCAUUGGAUAACCAUAUAAAACACCUCAUCCAAACAGUUACUUUCUUAAAACACCAUUACAGUAUAUCCAGGUGAAGGAGGUAAUGUGUUGUACAAGUUUUCAUGUGCAAGUCAACGGGGAGCUUUAAGUGAAGUCUUGUUAUUUUAGUCAUUGGAUAACCAUAUAAAACACCAUAACCAAACAGCUACUUUCUUAAAACACCAUUAUAGUAUAUCCAGGUGAAGGAGGUAAUGUGUUGUACAAGUUUUCAUCAUGUACAAGUCAACGGGGAGCUUUAAGUGAAGUUGUCUGGCUAGGUUAGUCUCUGGUUUGGGUUAAAGGUCACUUGUGGCAGCCAGAAGGUUGCCGAGUGUUACGUCACAAGAAGGCCAAGAUAAUCCUGCCAUGGAGAACUUUUAAUGCUAGAGUUCAAAUGUUUAUGUACUGACUGUGAUACUAAAGGAUAUGUUGUGCUUCUGUUGUUAUUUGUAUGUUUAAUAAAGAGUAGUGAGUGUU